AUGGAGGAGCUUGAUGGAAGACUGCGGGACGCGUCUGGCCACAGCAAUCUUGAAGAAGCUGCGAAGAGGAUCAAUUCCACUCUGAAUGAGAUGGCUAGUCUGCUAGGAUUGGAUGGAGCCGUCCGAAUGUAUGGCUCCUUCUGCAGCGGGAUCAAGACGGGAUGUUCGGAUUUGGAUUUAACUUUCCUGGGUGAUGUGGAGGGCGAAACGGCCAUCUCAAUUCUCCAGAAGUUCGAGAAAAUUGCAGACGACUUCGGCUUCCACAACAUCACGAAGAUUCACCAGGCGAACCUGCCACUCCUCAAGCUCACCGACAGAGAAGAGAACCUGGAGGUUGAUCUCUGCGUCAACAACGAGCUGGGGAUUCGGAAUUCCCUGCUUUUGGACGCGUACUGCAGAUACGACGUCCGUGUCCUCCAAUUGGGCUGCUUAGUCAAAGACUGGGCGAAAGGGCACGACAUCGUCGGCACGGCAGACGGAUUCCUCAACAGUUACGCUUUCAUGCUUCUGGUCGUCUUCUUCCUUCAGACUACAGAGCCACCUGUGGUGCCCAAUCUACAGUCCCUGGAGUGCGACCCAGUGCCCGUCUUGGACCGAAAGUGGGGCGACGAAUUCGUAUGGGAGACGAAAUUCUUCUCCAAUGUACACCAGCUACCCAAGUCGCAGAACACGAUGUCCAUCGGUGAACUGCUGCUUGGAUUCUUCCAGUUCUACACACAGAAGUUUGACUCAGACCAGCAUGCUGUUUCAAUUCGGCUGCAGAAGCCUGGACAGAACAUCGACAAGUACUCGUUGAUGCAGGAGGCUACCAAGGAGAAGUGGUACCUGGAGGAUCCCUUCGAUCUCAAGCACAACCUAGCAGGCGCUUGCAGCCGGGCGGGCAGACGGCGGAUUGGUGAAGUGAUGCAAGCAACGUUGCAGUGGCUGAUAUCCGCCGGACGAUGGACAGAGUCUUUUCCCGAACCAAGCACCGAUUUCUUUCUGAAGUGCCGUGUGUCUCAGGAGCUCACCCCCGAUGCUCUCCUUGAAGAAUUCGGCGACUGCGACCUUGUGAAGCUGCAUUUUCCGAAGUUGGAUGGUUUAACCCGCACCGCUCAGGCAUUUCUGCAGUUUCGAGAUGCUUCCGCACGGCGUCGGGCACAUGCGAAGAACGAGAAGUACCUCCUCGACUGCCAGCUUCAGCUCUUCUCCAGUACGCGGCACGGCUUCUCCGAGGCGGCUGCGCGCCGGGACUUCGUGAGCUUCGAUGCG